UGAAGCCGAGACUCAUUCAGAGCUGCACAGCUGACGAAAGCAGACGUGUUUUUUCUUGAGUUUUUUUACCAGGUUCAGUUAGAACUAGGUUGACUAGGUGGAUGUGUUUAUCGAGACUUUGGCGAGGCUGAUUUUUUGGUGAGGCUGUUUGGGUUGGCUUGCAAGUUUGUAGCUUUUUGUUAUUCUAUGAAACUCAUUCGUGUAGCGUAAAAAAAAUGUAGAGAAAGAUUCUUCUUUUCAAACGAGAUCGAGUUCAAGCAGUAAAUAAUAAUCAAGCGAUUGAGCCGAAAUGACAGGAAAAAAUAAGUAUGAGUCAUGUAUGAAAAGUCUGCUGUAUUACUUGAUAACGAAAAGAUACAGUAUCUUUUCCAAGUAAUUUGUCGAGAUUUUUAUUACUCAUACGAUGGAUCACGAAAAUAUUUACAAACGCGUUGGUUUCACCAUCGAGGACAACAUCAUCAAAGGCUACCCUAAGCCCUACUGUAUGAAAACUCAUAAUCUCGGUCAAGUCAUCUUGGACGUCCUAAGCAGCAAUCCACAUCAUGUCUCUCAGAUCGAAAGCGAAACGGGCAAACAAACAACUUUCGCCGAAAUGAGAGAUAGCAGCAUUCGGUGUGCUUUAUGGCUGCAGAAACAAGGAAUUUCAAGCAACGACGUAGUUUCGAUUUGUACGGAUAACCAACUGGACGCUUACAUUCCGGAAUUGGCCACGUUUUACGUCGGUGCAGCCCACAACCCCUGGCAUCACGACGUCGCACUGAAAUCAGCCCGUCACCUAAUUCAGCUGGUCCGACCGAAGGUGAUGUUUACCUGCGAAAAUGCAGCCGAGACACUCGCGGAGGCUGCGAAGCUCGAAGGAAUCGAUACGAAAAUAGUGGUUUUCGGUAAACAUUCCAGUUUUGAGUCGCUGAGCGACGUGAUGAAACAGCAACAAACGGAGGAGGUGGAAAAUUUCCGGGUGAAAGCCGUGGAAAAUCCAGACGACGUGGCCCUCAUCGUUUUCUCCUCGGGCUCGAGCGGUCUACCCAAGGGUAUAGUUCACUCGUACAACACUUUUUCGAAAAAUAUUUUGAGAUUCGCCAGGCUGCCCGAGAAAAGCGACGUUAUGCUGUGGUACACCUCGCCCUACUGGCUCACCGCCGUCUAUUUCACUCUGCAAUUAUAUCUGCUUCAGUCCACCAGAAUACUGCACGCUAAAUUCGAUCCCGAGGAAACCUGCAGAGUCAUCGAGAAGCACAAGAUCACCUGGAUUUUCAUCACCACGGACAUGAUCAACGUGUUCAACAAGUCCGAGGUGUUCAAGAAGCACAAAGUCGAGUCCUUGAAACUCAUCCAGACCGGAGGAUCCAAAAUAAAUCGAGAAGUCUUCGAAGAAUUCCAAAACAGUAUCCCGCAUACGCUGAUCCUACAAGGAUACGGUAUGUGCGAAUUGGGUGGCACGGCUACGAUGCAGACGGAAAAGCGUAAAAGAGUCGAUUCCGGCGGUUUUGUGAUAGAGCACGUACAGGUGAAAAUGGUCGACUUAACGACGGGCGAAGCACUUGGGCCGAACCAGUCAGGCGAACUCUACUGCAAGUCUCCGACAAUGAUGCUCGGCUAUUACAGGAAUCCAGAAGCCACAAAGGAGACGAUCGAUGAAGACGGCUGGAUUCACUCGGGCGACAAAGCUUAUUACGACGAAGACGGUGAGGUGUUUAUUGUGGAAAGAUUGAAGCAGGUGAUGAAAUUUCGAGCUUAUCACAUUUCCCCGUCAGAAAUCGAGGCAGUUCUACUUAGUCAUCCGGCUGUGAUGGAAGUGGCGGUGGUGCCGCUGCCUCACGAACUAGACGGCGAGAGACCGAUGGCGUUUGUCGCCAAGGCACCGGGAAGCGAGGUGACAGAGGACGAACUGAUUGAAUUAAGCGCCACUCUUGGAGAGUAUAAAAAACUUUGGGGUGGAGUAAAGUUCCUCGAAGAGCUGCCCCAUACGCCGUCGGGAAAAAUUGCCAAAGUUGAACUCAUAGAGAUGGCGAAAGCUCUGGCGAAGAAGUGACUCGCUGCUAACAACGCUGAUUUGAGCAUUAUGCUUCCUUGUAUGAAAACCUGACGAUUCUGAAAUUCUUUAUGGCAUUUGUUAUUCUGUAAGACAUGUAAUUAAAAUUUAAAUUUUAUAUUCGAUUAUAAA